AUGGCUACCCCCAGUGUCCUUACUUUUGAUGCUGAGGGCCGUGCCGUUGACUUUGAGGUCUGGGUCGAUGACCUCCAGCUGUUUCUCCAGUGCCAUAGGGCAAACGGACUCUCUCUGUUCGAUCUCACCUCUGGUGCCUCUCCUGCCCCGCCCGCUACUGCUGACAGCACUGUUCGCUCACUGUGGGCCACACGCGAUGCUGCUGCUCGCCUUGCUGUGCGUCGCCACUUACCGACCACUGAGCAUGCACACUUUAGGCAGUACAAGAGUGAUCAGACCUUGUACGACGCUGUAGUUGCACGCUACUCUUCCCCUGCCACUGCUGCACAGAGCCUCCUCAUGCUAUCGUACCUCUUCCCUGACCUUGCUGCCUUCCCCACACUUGCUGACCUUAUUACGCACCUCCGCACUAGUGAAACUCGCUACCGCGCUGCGCUUCCUGCUGAGGACCACUUCCUCUCAGUUUGCCCCACCGCUCUCACCGUUGACCUCCUGGAGAAGAGCCUCCUAGCAGCAGAGAAGAGCAUAGUCGCUGUAGGAGCCUCUCGUGGUGACCCUUGCACCCCCGUCUUUGAGGAGUGUUCCCCCUCCCCCCUCUUGCCCUCUGUUGCCUCUGCUUAUGCGGGUGACCUCGUUGGUUUCGAGUCGGUCGGCGCUGCGUCUGCCCCAAGCGGGAGACGCCGCACCGGCAAGGGCAAGGGGGGCAAGGGCGCUCGAGGGGCUGGCGGGGGCGGUGGAGGUGGUGGUGGAGGCAGUGGAGGGGGUGGGGGUGGUGGUGGGAGUGGUGGCGGGGGUGGAGUGGCAGCAGUGGAGGCGGAGGAGGCGGUGGCGGAGGGAGCGGAGGCAGCGGAGGUGGUGGAGGCGGCGGAGGCGGCGGAGGUGGCGGAGGCGGCGGCGGCAGCAGUGGACCUGGUUGCAGCUCUACGCAGAGGAGUGGCUCCAGAGGUGGUACGCGCCAGCAGCAGCAGCGCAGUCGUGAGACUUUGUCCCCUCAGCAGCUUCGUGAGUGGUACGCUGCGCGUCAGCGCGGUGGGGGUACGGGUUCCUGCACCUACGUUCUCCGCCUCGACGACCGCGCUGGUGAGCAGUGCGGGGGGCCCGCACUCCACCUAG